GUUUUAUCAAGCCUCCUGCAGAUGGCUCUCCUGGCUCUCCUGGUUCUCGUGGCCACUUCUGUCCUGACAGUCCCGGUGGAGACCAGCAAGUGUCCGUCAGUCUGCAGCUGCGACAGCAAGACUCUCUCGGUCUCCUGCGUCGGCAGGAAUCUCAAGCAGGUUCCUCCAACGAUCGAUGAGAUCACAGUCAAACUGGACCUGAGGAACAAUGCUCUGGAGCAGCUGCCCAGGGGGGCCUUCCUCCACACGCCGUACCUGACUCACCUGAACCUGCAGCGCUGCAACAUCAUGAGCGUGAAGGAGGGAGCCUUCCGAGCGCUGGGCCGCCUGGUCUCGCUCAACCUGGCCUUCAACAAAAUCCACAUCCUCUUCCAGGAGUCCUUUGACGGCCUCUCGGCACUGAAGGAGCUGAAUCUGGAGCACAACCGUCUGGAGGAGAUCCAGCCAGGAGCCUUCAUGCAGCUGGGCUCCCUGAACCUGCUGGUUCUGACCCACAAUCAGCUGGUCUACAUUCCCAACAUGGCGUUCCAGGGUCUUCACAACAUCAAGUGGCUGCAUCUCAGUCACAACUCCAUCAACAACUUGGCGGCGGAGGCCUUCGCCAGCCUCUUUGCGCUGGCCCGCCUCAGUUUGGACCACAAUGAGCUACAGUUCUUCCCAGUCCAGGCCAUGAACAGGCUGCGGGAGGUGACUCGGCUGGAGCUCAGCCACAACCCUAUGAUCUACCUGGGUGAGGAGUCCAUCAUCAUGCCGAAGCUCACACAUCUCCACCUGGACCACAUGUCUCUCCAGGAUCUGUCCCAGCAGGCCUUCUCCGGGGCCCCACUCCUCUCCGUACUGGACCUCAGUUACAAUCAGCUGCGUCACCUGGAGCCACUCUCUGGCCCGAAGGAGCUGAGCUCGCUGGACCUGACCGGGAACCCUGUCUACUGUAACUGCUACUUGCGACCUCUGAGGAACUGGGCCAGAACCCGUGGUGUGAAGCUGCAGGGGGUGUGUUCCGGGCCGCCCCACCUGGCCGAUGAGCCUCUGGGCAUGGUUGCUGCUGUGGACCUGCGCUGCCGCAGCAGAGGAGGAGAGAUGAAGGAGGAAGAAGAGGAGGAGGGGACCGCAGGGCGCAGUGCUCCCAGGCCCACGGCCAAGCCCAUCAUCAAGUGUCCAGCCAGGUGCCAGUGUGACGUGGAAGGGCAACACGCCACCUGUGAAGGUCGCGGCCACACCAAGGUCCCUCGUGGUUUCCCUGCCAAAACUCAGCUGCUGGACCUGCGGAGCAACUCCUUCCAUCACCUGCCCAGUGACACCUUCAAAGGAGCCGCCAAAGUCCUGUCCCUUCAUCUGGAGAACUGCAGCAUCCAGGAGGUGGAGAGUGGUGCGUUCCAGGGCAUGAAGCACUUGUACUACCUCUACCUGUCGGACAACCUGCUGACCUUCCUGGAGGCCGGAGCCUUCGCAGGAGCGCCGCAGCUCACCUACCUGCACCUGGAGGGGAACCGGCUGACCCAGGUCCCGGGUCCAGCUCUGAGCCAGCUGCCCAGCUUGUUUGUCCUGCACCUGGAGCGAAACAACAUCUCCACUCUGCAGCCCAGCGGCCUGAUGACCUCCAUGAUGCCUGAGCUCAGAGAGCUUUACCUGAGUAACAACUCCCUGAUGGCCAUCACCGACGGCUCUCUGGACUCCGCCUUCCUCAGGACCCUGCAUCUGGCCUGGAACCGGCUGAACCAGGUCCCGACCCGGGCUCUGUCCAAGACCCCCAAUCUGGAGGAGCUGGACCUCUCGCAGAACCCAGUGGAUGUGGUGGGCCCAGGUGCUUUCCUGCCCAUCUCCCAGAGCCUGAAGAGGCUUCAUAUGGACCACAUGAACAUGAGGAAGCUUUCCAGGGAUGCUCUGUCGGGCCUGGGCUCCGCUCUACGAGCCUUGACUGUGAGAGGAAACCAGCUGGAGGAGCUUCCUGAUCUGAGACCCCUCAAACAUCUGGAGGUGCUGGACCUGGAGGAGAACCCUUUACGUUGUGACUGCAGUCUGAUGCCGCUGCACAGGUGGAUGGAGAACGUCAGCUUGGAGGUGAGCGCGACCUGCGGCCACCCUCCGGAGCUGCAAGGUCACUUGCUCAAGGACGUCCAAGUCUUCAAGUCCUGCCCGGAACACAGCCCACUGUCCCAGGAGGUCAAAGUUCAAGGUCCACCACAAGCAAGAGGAAAAACAAAAGUGUCCAAAGCGACAAAGCCGAGAAGCAAAGCAGGCAACAAGCCUGUCCAGAGGAAACCGGCGGCACCACGAAUGACAAAGAAGAAGACGGCGGUGUCGAAGAGAGACGUGGCAUUUAACUGAACAUCGUGUGAUGUGGACGGAAGCUACGCAAGGCUCUUCGAUA